AUGUGCGACGACGGUGGACGCGACGACAACAAGGACGUAACAGCGAGGACGCAGCGGCGGCAAGGACGCAGCGGCGGCAAGGACGCAGCGGCAACGAGGACGCGACGACGAGAACGCAAUGGCGACGAGGACGCAGCGGUGACGGAGGGCAGAUCUGGGCGGAUGGAAGGGCGGAGGGCAGAUCUGGGCACAUGGAGGGGCAGAGAGCAGAUCUGCGCGCAUGAAGGGGCGGAGGGCAGAUCUGUGACGAGCGGAGAACCACCCGAGGAUGGAGGAUUCGUGGAAGGAAGGGGAGCAGAGGAAGUCAGUGACGGUGGCGAGGAGGGUGGGGAUGGCGAAGGAUAUGCUGGCAAGCUUCGUGGGGACGACAGAGGAGGAGCAGAGGAAGUCAGUGACGGUGGCGAGGAGGGUGGGGAUGGCGAAGGAUAUGCUGGCAAGCUUCGUGGGGACGACAGAGGAGGAGCAGAGGAAGUCAGUGACGGUGGCGAGGAGGGUGGGGACGACGGAGGGGGAGCAGAGGAAGUCAAUGAUGGUGGAUGCUGCAACCUUCGUGGGGGAGAUGGUGGUGGUCGGAGAUGCUUCUGUUGGGGGAAGAACAAAGAAACCCAUGUGCGAAGAGGAAGAAAUUUGAUCUAA